AUGGCAUCCUGGUUAGCUCUCUUGUCUUUUGCGCUGGGUUCAGCGACUGCGCAACAAUACUAUAUCCCGGUGUCAGGGACAUCAGCGAGACCUCAAUGCACGGCAACGCCAUCCUACACACAGCCGACGUACUCGCCAUACUCUGAUUUUGCCUAUUCCAUGACCGAGACGGUACGGACCGCCACAUCAGUUCAGCCAGGUCCUACCACCACCUAUGCAUCACCGGCUGCUUCGCUGACCAGCCUCCUCUCGUCCCUUUCGUUCACGACCUGGGGCAAAUGGGAUCCUGAUGCCACAGACUCCGCCACGGACACGGACAACCCCUACGGAAAUGCUGCGUGGACUGCCUUAUGGCAGAUGGCCAACCCUCCCAACUUCACCGAGACAUCGGUCUUCAGCACGACCGUCUCGCCAACCCCCAUCCCAACAAGCGAGCUGGUACUGCCUCCUCCGGACUACUUUGGACCUACGGACUGUUAUUACUUCCCAUCCGAUUUUCAGUUCGGCGUUGCAGGGUCUGCUGCUCAAAUCGAAGGAGCAACUGCCGACGAAGGCAAAGGCCCCUCGCUCAUGGACAUUUUGAUCCAGGACGAUCGACCAAAGGACUACGUUACGAACGAAAACUACUACUAUUACAAGCAAGAAAUUGAAAGACUGGCCUCGAUGGGCGUCAAAUACUACUCGUUCAGUCUUGCGUGGAGUCGAAUUCUGCCCUUUGCCCUGCCAGGCACUCCCGUCAAUCAGCAGGGCCUCGACCACUAUUCUGAUUUGAUCGACUUUGUGCUCGAGAAAGGCAUGACACCCACGGUCACAAUUCUACACUUCGACACUCCGGCACAAUUCUUCGCAGCCAAUUUCUCAGCGGCUCAGGCGAAACCGCUGAUAGGCUAUUCAAACGGCGGAUAUCAAAACGAGACGUUUGUAGACGCCUACGUCAACUACGCAAAGAUUGUCAUGACUUACUAUGCAGACCGCGUGCCCGUCUGGUUCACGUUCAACGAGCCAUUCAUCUAUUCCUUCAAUGGUCUGUCGGUCGAUCAUGUGCUCAAGGCCCAUGCCCAAGUCUAUCACUUCUACAAAGAGUCGAUUGGUGGAACCGGCAAAGUCUCACUCAAGUUCAACGACAACUUUGGCGUGCCUCGCGAUCCUGCCAAUGCCAACGAUGUUUACGCCGCCGACCAUUUCAACUCGUUCCAGCUGGGGAUGUUCUGCAACCCGAUCUUUUUGGGACAGGACUAUCCGGACAGCUACAAAGAGACGGUUCCAGACUAUGUGCCUCUGAGCCCGGAGGAUUUGGCCUACAUCAACGGCACUGCCGACUUUCUGGGUAUUGACCCGUACACGGCGACCGUCGUCUCUCCACCAGUCGCGGAUUCGCUCGACUCGAUACACGAGUGCUGCGCCAACUCGUCCAGCACAUACUUUCCAUACUGCGUGAAUCAAAGCACCUUGACGACCACGGGCUGGAACAUCGGCUACCGCUCUCAAUCGUACGUCUACAUCACCCCGCGCUAUCUACGCCUGUACCUGUCGUACCUGUACAACACGUUCCACACGCCCAUCGUGAUCACCGAGUUCGGCUUCCCCGUCUUCGGCGAGGACGACAAGACCGAUCUGAGCGACCAGCUCUCCGACCUGCCCCGCUCCAUCUACUAUCUCUCGUACAUGUCCGAGGUGCUCAAGUCCAUCUGGGAGGACGGGGUGCACGUCGCGGGGGCCUUUGCCUGGAGCUUUGCCGACAACUGGGAGUUUGGCGACUACACGGCCCACUUUGGCAUACAGACCGUCAACCGGACGACGCAGCAGCGGCGCUACAAGAAGAGUUUUUUCGAUUUGGUCGACUUUGUCAAUUCGCGCACCAUGCCCCAGCAACCGCAGUGGUCGGGCUGGUCAGGCUGGUCAGGCCCGCCCAGCGGACGUCACUCCUAA